AUUUUAUCUUGCAUGAGUCAUUCAAAAUUUAUUAAAAUUCACCGCAAAAACAUUGAUGCAAGUUUUUAGAAUUUUUUAAAGUUAGGUUUUGAAUUUUUAUUUUAUUAAUAAGUUAAAAAAUCUUUUUUAAAAAGAUUAAUUCUUGAAAUAUAAAAUUCAUUAUUUGAAAGGAUAAAAAUUAAUAUUUUUUUGCAAUAUUGAAUAAAAUUAAUUAAUUCAGCAAUGGACAAUACUAAAAAAGCUCUCACCGAUAAGGAUCAUUCCCUGAUUAACAUCCUAGCCAGCACCUCCAUCAAAAUCAUUGACAGACACUUGUUGAAUGUGAGAAAGAACCAAAAUAUUAAUAAGGAAUCAAAAGAAAUCUGCAAAGUUCUAAAUAUCACGUCUGAUUUGAAUCUUGAAGAAGUUUUGACAAUUGCUAAGUCUUUGAAUCCUAAAGACUAUCCAAAAUUGUUUUUAUUCAUCAUAAAUGAUCAAAAUUCAUCAAAAACUGAAGCUGGACAUGAAAGCAUAAAGGAACAUCUAUUGAAAUUUGACGACACUCGUCCACAAGUCCUUCAAUUGAUAUCAGAGGAUAAGAACUUGUCCACCAUUUUGUACAAAAUCAAGCCAUCAAGUAAAUUUGUGAAAAUUGAAGUCAAACAAGAUAUUGAGACAGUUAAGGACUUCCCAUCAUUCCUAUGUACAUUAAUAAAUGGAAAUAUUCAACAAGCUGUCUUUGAAGUUAUCAACAAUCUAGCAACUCUACAAGAUUCGCCUCUAAUUCUAAGAUUCUUAAGAAUAUUAGACUUUGGUGAUGAAUUUUUCAGAAUUCUCAUCUUAAAGUGUGCUGCAAAUGGAUCAAAGGAUGACUUUAUAGCUGCUCUAGAUGCACCAUUUGAUGCAAAAGAUAAAAAUUUGCUUCCGGAUGUACAAAAAUUCUUAUCAACUGCCUUUUAUGACGAACAAUCCGAUGAUGAAAACUCAGAUGAUGAUGCAACAAUGAAGUCAAGUGAUGAUUUAUCAAAUAAGCACCCAAAGUCAGUUCUUCUUACAGCAGUUGAACAUAAUAACCAGGAAGUCAUUAAAUAUUUGAUAAAUUCUCGCUUAAAUUUGAUCCGAAAUCUUCCAUUCGAUCAUCAAGUCAGAAUAUCAACAGUUGCAUUUGAAACAGGACAACUUGACAUUCUCUGUGACUUGUUGGACAUUGCAGACUUUCCAUUUCCUGGAUAUUUUAAGCUUGAUGAUUCUCAAACCAAUGAAAGACUCCUCAAGACUGUAGCUUAUCGAGCAGAGCUUUUAGCAUGCAUUAGAGAUGAAGAUUUUGAGAAAAUUGAUGAUGUCGCCAAGCAAAAUUCAAACCUUAGGAUAGCCUACAGCAUCAACAACAACUCAGCACUUAAAGAAGCUAUAAAUUCUAAUAAGCUUGGUGUUUAUUACUUCCUCAAGACAUUUGGAUACACUGGAAAUGACUGCAAUGAAUUUAUCGAAAAACUGAGUGAUAAAGAAAAGAACAAAGCAGUUCGGCAAGCAGCUGUACAGAAGGAAGCCAUUUAUAGUAAUUCUUUAGUCUACGAUCAACAAGCAGUCCUAACGCUGUCUUCAAAUUCAUACAUUCAUAAUAAGACGAUAACAAAAGACCAGGAGACAGAAUAUUUCAAGAAGAUCCGCAAAUGGUACAAAAAUAUCAAUAAAGUAGCAGCGGAUGUUCUUGAUGUGGCAGCCACAUGUGACAAGUUGAAGAUCAUUUACGAUUUUGAGAGUGAAACUGUUGAAAAUGUUAGCCUUGCAGGACCAAACUCUCCAGGAAUCACAUUCGUUUCAAACAAGUGGAUCUUCAUUGGUGCCAAAAUAUCAGGCCGAGAACGAGAGCUUGAAAUCACUACAACAUUGGGUCAACAAAUAUGCUACUUUGUAUUACAUUUGGUUUAUAAUAAUGGUGGAAGGCCUUACUACAAAGAUGAUCAUCAUGUAGCUGAGAUAUUUGAUAAUAUAGUCAAGUCGAUUGAUCAGUGGUCAGGACAGACAUCAGAAACUAUCGAUGAUGAGUGCUUUAGAUUGAUUUCAUCAGUUUUUACUUCAUAUUCUCCAAAAGAGUUCCAUGCUGAGCUGAUUCUUAGAGUUGUCAAUAUUUUGAUUGAAUUUCAAGCCGACCAGACAUUAUCGACUCAUUUACAGCAAAAAUACAAGAACUUGUUUAGUUUCUGGAAUGACUUUGUGGUUCCUGAGCUAAAACUGUAUUUAAAAAAGGAUCCUAAAGUAGUCUGGCUUAAUGGAUGCAUUAAUGUAUAUUGUAGAUACAGAGACAUGAAAAUUGAUCUUUUUGCGCCAAAAGACUUUACAGAAAUUUUUAAAAAUAAGAUUAUCAUCAUAUCCACAAAUGUCCCAAGAUUACUGCUGAUUGACAUCCAUAGACAUCUCAAAAGAGUCCAUGGCUGCUUGAUAGACACAAAAAACAUUUUUUUAGACACGAAAGAACUCAAAAGUGAUUAUGUUCUAAACGAAUUUCGGCAAAUUUGCAGGCAUUAUGCAGGCAUGAAUGUCAUUGUUGACUGCUCGAGUGAAAAAUUAACCUUAAUUGACUUAGCUUUUGCUAAUAAAAAGAAUAAUUUCGUAUUUGUGGUGGCUAAUGAGACUCAAAAAGAUGAGAUAGUGAAUGUGGCACUAAAAGUAUGUGGAAUCAAUCCACAACUGUUGGAACUAAACUACAAUUGGCUGGAUUUGAACACAAAAAGUCAAAAAAAUCUUUUAAAAUAUAAAAUAAAUUUCCAAAAUAAUGAAAAAUUGUCACUUUUGGAGGUUCUUGAAGGUCCAAAUGAUCGGAAUGUUGAGGAUAUUCGGGAGAUGUACAACAGCUUUUCCGAGGUUAUUGAUGAUCAGCUGCUGAACUUUAUAAUUGAUGGUUAUAAAGUUGUAGUUGAUGGCAUUAAGGAUGAAGAUGAAAUGAAUGACAUAAAGUUCGAUUAUCUGUUUAAAAAUACAAAAUUCAUCAAAAAGGAGCAGUAUGAAGACAUCGAGAAGGAUAAAGAUGCUGAGGUUCCACAAAUCACAGCAGAUGAGCUGAUUAAAAUCACAAGAAACAAAAAGUUCGUUUUAAUAUCAGACAAAACAGGCACUGGCAAGAGUUUUGCACUAAAGAACAUUUCAAAACUCUUAAAAGACAAGUACCCGACAAGAUGGACGUCCUAUAUAGAACUAAGACUAUUCACAAAAGAAAUUAAGAAACAAAAAGUCCAACCCGAACUUUUAACAUUUUUAAUUGAAAAAGUUUUGAAGCUCAAUCUCAAUUUUGAGGUUAAAAUCUUCCAAAAGCUCUACAAAGACGGCAAAGUUUGCCUUAUUUUUGACGAAUACGACACAAUUGCACCUAAUUAUGUUGAAUUUGUGACUAAAUUAAUUCAAGAGUUCCAGUUCAAUGGCGGGAACCAGAUGUUUAUUGGCACACGUGACUAUUUUGAGGUUAACUUACAACAAAAGUUUCAAAUUGAUGACAUUUUCAAGCUUGGUGACUUUUCAAAUGAGAAUGGAUACGAGUUGAUAGCUAAACGUUGGAUUCUGAUCAGCCACAGAGACCUAACCCCAAAAAACUUUGACGAACUUAUCAAAAAGUCCCCAAAAAUGGAAAUUUAUGUGAAAGUUGCUGAAAAAAUGAUCAAAAAGAUUCAAACAAUUAACAAACAGUCAAAAUUUGUGCCUCGAUUCUAUCACAUGAUUUCUGAGGCAUUUAAGGAUGGCAGACUCGUCAACAUUGAUGUUGAGGAUCCAGCACUGUCACUUAAUAGAUUCAAAAUCUUCAGAACAGUCGGAAUAAUCUUUUAUAAAAUUUGGUCACGCGAUAAAGGCGAAAUCAGAAACGACGCAAACAUUUCAACUCAAGGAUUUGAGCUGAAUUUUUGGCAAAUUCAUCAAUAUUUAGCCAUCAUCAUCUUCUUUCCUGAAUUACUUGAACAAAUCUAUCCUUAUUAUGAGCCAACUGAGUGGAUUAUUGAGGAAAUCAUUGCUUGUGGCAUGGUGAGCUUUAAGAAUGGGAAAUAUUACUUCCAGAAUGUUGAUUUACGUGACUUUUUCUUGGCUGAGUUUAUCACUAAGGAGUUGAAACGGAAGCGACUUGGAAAAAUUGGUUUGGAGAUUUUCGUUAAAGUUUUGACAAGUCCAGCUUAUCGUGGAACUCAAAUUAUAAUAAAUGAUGCUGUUGUGCUUGAUCCUGCUUUAAUAGCUGAUCAUGGAAAAAAAUUCUUGGAAUUUGCGAAUGAAUUUUGUAAAAUGGAUAAUCUUGAAGAUUUUUAUGUUAAUGAACUUGAGUGCCUUGUUGUUAUGAUUGUGGAUAUCCUGAAAAGUGGAAAAUAUGAUAAAGUUAAGGAACUGUUGACCAGAACUGCUGGAAAGUUGAUUAAAUCAGUGAAGAGUGCAGAAUUUUAUUUGAAAUUUGAGGAAUUUCUAUUCAGUUUUUUAAAAUCUAAAGAUUUAAAGACUUUGAUCAAGGAACAGGAAGUUCUGCUUAGAAUCGUUCAGUCAGAACUUGACAUUUCAAUAUUUGAGAGUUUGAUAAUCAAAUUAGAAUCGAAAUUUGACCAAGAGUUAAUCCGAAAGGUCUUCAGAACCAAAAGCAUCAAUCUUGAAGGCAAUAUUAUGUACAUGAUGUGCUUGUCAGCCAAUAAAGAGCAAUCCAAAAUGUUAAAGUUCCUGGAAACUAUCCAAAAAUAUUUAAUAAAUUCAGAAAUCAUCGAAUUAAUGACAAAUUGCAACCAAAAUGAAGAGAACAUCCUUCAAGUCUGUGUUCAAACCGAUGAUGAAGAUUUGUUGAAAGUUUUGUGGACUCAGAUUGAAAAUUCAUUAGGUCCACAAAUAACCAAAGAGUUUGCAUCUAAAAAAUCAUCGAAAAAUCAAUUUAAUGUCCUGCACUAUGCUGCAUUUAACACUAAAAUUAAGGUUCAUCAGACUUUAUGGACACUUUUGGUCAAAAGCUUUGAGAAUCUAAACGAUUUGAAGAACUUGAUGCUUGAAAUGGAUCAAAAUGGCUCUAACUUCCUGCAGCUUCUUGUGGCAUCAAACAAUAAUGAAGUAAUUGAGUUUCACUUAAAAAACCUGAAAGAAAACUACAGCGAAGCUCAAUAUCAAGAAUUUUUGAUGCAAAGAGACUUUUUAGGUUCCAAUUUACUUCAAAUUGCUGCAAAAUCAUCAAAAGAAGUCAAAACUCAUCAAAUGCUGUGGAAUAGUCUUCAAGAUUUUUACAAAUCACACCUCAAGUUCCUUGAAUUCCUUAAAGAAAAUGACAAUAAUGGGAACAAUGUGCUUCAUCUAGCUGCAUCGUCUGCAUCAAGUGAUGUCUUUGAAUUUAUGAUUCAGGAAUUAGAAAAAAUUGUACCAAAAGAUGAAAUUAAGAAUCUUUUGUGGACAUUGAAUAAUUUUAGUCAAAAUCUACUUCAGCUAGCUGUUAAGAACAACAAAACAAUCGAACUUCAAGUGUGCUUGUGGAAAAUUGUUCAAAAAUAUUUUGAAAAAUCAGAAAUUUUUGAAUUAAUUAAGAAUAUCGAUUUGACUGGGAAUAAUUUGCUGUCCAUUGUGAAUCAGUGUAAUUUAAAAGAGAUUGUUGAAUUGUCGUUGAAAGAAAUUGAAAGGUUUUCUAAUCAAAAUUGGUAAGAUUAUGGGAUGACGCAGGGUGAGGUGAUCUCAAAUCCCUUUUAGUAGCGCCCUUGAAAUAAAGAAAGAUUUUUAUAAAAUUAAGCCUUUGUGGCGCGAGUUGUUAAACAACAGAGCGGAUAUCAUUCACCCUUCUGUGUUUAGAGUUCAGGGUUCGAUUCCCACCAAAUACCGAUCAGCUCACGACACUAUAAAAUUAAAAAAAAAAAAAAACAUUACAAAAAACUUCAAAAUACAAG